GAAAAGCACCGUGAUUUUCGCUGCCUUCGAUUUCCCGACACAGCACGAGCAGGAAACGUAAAUAAAAAUGGUGUUCUCCAAGUCGUGGGAAGAUUUCGAGAUUGCCGCCGAGAACAUGUACAUUGCCAACCCGUGCCAGUGUCGGUUUACGAUGAAAUACACCCACAAGAAGGCAGCCGUCGUGCUGAAGCUGACCGACAACGUGAAGUGCGUGCAGUUCAAAACGGAGGUCCUGUCGGAUCUGAAGAGAAUAGAAAAGUUCACCGGCAAUCUGAUGUGGCUGAUGGCAUCGAAAGAGUAAGAAGGCAGUUACAUGGGGUCAAAGGGAAGGGUGUUGCUUCUUAUAAUAUGAUAAGUGUAUUUUUGCUCUAGGAUAAGAGAAAUAAAAAUUGAUUUUAUGCGAGAAUUGGAUUUCGUAUCUACGCGGCG